AAAAUGGAUGAAGGAAAUCAGUCUAUAGCAUCAGAAUUUGUGCUUCUGGGACUUUGCCACUCAUCGAAUAUUCAGAUCUUGCUCUUUAUGAUAUUUUUUAUGCUUUAUCUGAUCAUUGUAUCUGGAAAUAUUUUCAUCAUGAUCUUAAUCAUCACGGACCCCCGUCUGCAUUCCCCCAUGUACUUCUUGUUGGCCAAUCUGUCAUUUGUUGAUAUGUGGCUUUCCUCAGUUACAACUCCUAAGAUGAUCACAGACUUUCUCAGAGAAAUCAAGACUAUUUGCUUCGGAGGUUGCAUGUGCCAGAUCCUCUUUGUACAUUUUGUUGGAGGGGGUGAGAUGGUUCUCCUGGUGGUAAUGGCCUAUGACCGCUAUGUGGCCAUCUGCAAACCACUGCACUAUUCUACUAUAAUGAGCCUGCAAAGGUGCAUUGGGCUGGUGAUGACUGCAUGGAUCAUUGGCUUUAUGCACUCCAUGAGCCAACUUGCUGUAAUUAUACAGCUGCCAUUCUGUGGCCCCAGGGUAAUAGACAGCUUCUUUUGUGAUAUACCUCUGGUACUCAAGCUGGCCUGCAUGGAUUCUUCUAACUUGGGAAUAUUAAUGAACGCUGACAGUGGGGUUCUGGCUAUGACCUGCUUUAUUCUGUUGCUGAUAUCCUACACAUACAUUCUUCUCACUGUCCACCAAAGUUCUAAAACUGGUACAUCCAAGGCUCUUUCUACCUGCACUGCCCACAUCACAGUGGUGGUGCUCUUCUUUGGGCCCUGCAUCUUCAUCUAUGUGUGGCCACUCAGCAUUACCUGGGUGGACAAAUUCCUUGCUGUGUUUUACUCUGUUAUCACACCUCUCCUAAAUCCAGCCAUUUAUACAAUGAGAAACAAAGAGAUUAAAAAUGCUAUGAAGAGAUUCCAAAGCUGUUACAUAGAUUCCAGGCUUAAUAUCUAA